AUGAGACAAGUCGUCCUUCUGCUUAACCAGUAAACGGGAACCUGGAUCUGGAGGAAUAUUAGUGCAAGACAAACAUCAACGUCUGAGUCAUGUCUUAAGGCGGACUUCCAUACAUGUCAGGAUGCUCUUCAUUUGAUGGACACAGGCUGCGCCGAUUGAAUACUUCUCUCCGUGUCUGAAAUGGUCAAAAUUAUGUUCCCAGAUAUUUUGUGUGUGAUUUUAUUCAGCACUAUGCGCAUCGCAUCAUCUCUGGAGCUGCACCUUGGAAUGCCAAAUGUUUGUGCUGACCAGGAGAUGUCCAUGCUGGGUGGGCGUCAGCCUUGUGUUCAGGCUUUCACCCGCACGGUUAAGGUGUGGAAACAGGGCUGCACCAGCCACAGAUGGUGUAUGGGCCACGAGAGAAGGACAGCAUACUACACAGUGUACAGGCAGGUGUACAGCAUGCAUAUGAACACAGUCUAUAAGUGCUGCCCUGGCUGGAUUCAGAAGGGUGAAGAGAUGGGCUGUCUGCAUAGGGUGUGUGGUGCAAAUACAUGUUUCAAUGGAGGCCAAUGUGCAGAGACUGGAGACCAGAUAUGUCAGUGUCCAAUGGGCUUCAAAGGGACACGAUGCCAAUAUGAUGUUAAUGAAUGUGAAGUGAAUGAAGGCGGCUGUGAGGGAUACUGUUGUAACACCAUUGGCAGCUACUACUGCAAGUGUCCGGAAGGCAGUAGACUAGGGCCAGAUGGCAAGGCAUGUCAUGAUGUUAACGAGUGUGAGGAGCUCAAUGGAGGAUGCCAGCAAACAUGUGUCAACACACCGGGCUCUUAUCACUGUGAGUGCAGCGAAGGCUUCCGUAUGCACACUGAUGGCCGGACAUGUAUUGCUGUUAACUCUUGCUCGGUUCUGAAUGGUGGAUGUGAACAUAAGUGUGUGGACAUGGGGAACAAUCACUACAAAUGUGAAUGUCGAAAGAACUACCACCUGAAGAGAGAUGGGAGACAUUGUGAAUUGAGGGACCCCUGUGAGGAGAGGAAUGGAGGCUGCAGCCAGCUGUGUCUUUCAGAAGGCAGCCGGGUUCGCUGCAACUGCCGACCUGGUUUUACACUGGCUGGAGAUGGCAAGAACUGUGAAGACAUUGAUGAGUGCGGUUCAGGCCAUGCCAAGUGUUCCCAUGGAUGUGUCAACAUGCUGGGCUCCUUCAGCUGUGUGUGUCAUCCAGGCUUUGAACUUGGUGCUGACGGAAAACAGUGCUACCGCAUUGAGAUGGAGAUCGUCAACAGCUGUGAGAAGAACAACGGAGGUUGCUCUCAUCACUGUGAGCACACCACCAACGGUCCUCUCUGCUCCUGCAACCACGGCUUCCAGCUGGACCAUGACAGGAAAACCUGUGUAGAUAGUGAUGAGUGUAUCAGUAGGGAGUCCUGCUGCAGUCACUUCUGUAGAAACAACCCAGGUGGCUACGAGUGCAGCUGCAGAGCUGGCCACAGACUGAACCCAGAUGGCUGUGGCUGUGAUGACAUUGAUGAGUGUGUAGCAGAAACCUCAGGUUGUGAACACUACUGUGUCAACACCCUGGGAACAUAUGAGUGCUUUUGUCGACUGGGCUUCCGCUUGGAUCAGGACCAGCACUCCUGCAUUUCUCUGUAUGGCAGAGAACUGGAAGAAGAAGAAGAGGAGGAAGAGGAUGAAGAGGAUGAACAGCUGGAGGUCCACAGAUUACCAGACCUGCUGUUCCGCAAGGCUCCUCAGCUCCUGCAGUACACAGCAGCCUUGCACUCCCGUUAUGACACUGAGGAUGAUUAUGGUAGUGAUGGUGACAGUGAAAAAGAAUUAGAGAUUCAGAGGGAGCGUCGAGGAGAACUUAGACUGGACAGCAGCAUAGUGUGUCUUGAUGGCUCGUUUGGGGAUGACUGCAGUGUGAGCUGUGAAGACUGUGUGAAUGGAGCGUGUAGUGAAAACAGAGACAGAUGCCAGUGUUCACCUGGGUGGACUGGGAUCAUCUGCAAUGGGACUUGUCCCCAGGGGACCUAUGGGCAGGCCUGUAAUAGCCUGUGCCGUUGUCAGAAUGGAGGCUCGUGUGACCCUGUGACUGGGAAGUGUUUGUGCCCCCCUGGGGUACAGGGCCUGUUCUGCGAGGAUGGUUGUCCAAGGGGUUUUUUCGGGAGGCACUGCAAAAGAAAGUGCAACUGUCCCAACAAUGGACAUUGCCAUCGUCUGUAUGGAGGCUGCCUGUGCUCUCCAGGGCUUUAUGGCCGUUUCUGCCACCUGCCUUGUCCCAGGUGGACGCACGGUGCAGGCUGUUCCAAGGAAUGUGACUGUGUUCAAGAACAUUCCACUGGCUGUGACCCCAAAACAGGGAGAUGUUUCUGUAAGGCUGCAUACCAUGGCCCACAGUGUGAGAAAGAGUGUGAGCUUGGCUUCUUUGGUGCAGGCUGUGAGCAGCCAUGUGACUGUCCAGGUGGAGGGUCAUGUGACCCCAGGACUGGAGAGUGCAGCCAGAAAUGUCCUGCAGGCCUUCAUGGAGAUAAAUGUCAGCUGGACUGCCCAGAUGGAUUCUGGGGGGUGAAGUGCCAGUCAUAUUGUCCAAACUGUGAGAACAGAGGCUCCUGCAACAAGCACACUGGCGUGUGUGACUGCAAACCAGGCCUCAUGGGCAACCUCUGCCAAAAUGAAUGUCCCGCAGGUUUCCAUGGACCAGGCUGUUUAAUGCGCUGUACAUGCCACCCUGAUGCUACUUGUGACCCACAGACUGGACACUGUGUCUGCCCUCCUGGCAAAAGAGGGCAUGACUGUGCAACAUCAUGUGAAUCUGGUUACUGGGGGCAACAGUGCCUCAGUAAAUGCCAGUGCAAAGAGAUGUCUGUGGGCUGUGACCCAGUCACUGGUCAGUGCAUGUGUGAGGCUGGCUUCACUGGAGACCACUGUGAAAAGAAGUGUGUGAAUGGCAGCUAUGGGCAGGAAUGCGCCCAGCAGUGCCAGUGUCAGAAUGAAGCCCUCUGUGACCAUGUGAGCGGAGCCUGCACAUGCUCUCCUGGAUAUGCUGGCACGUACUGUGAAAAAAUGUGCCCGGACGGCUUUUACGGUCUUGACUGUGGCCAGAUGUGCGAGUGCAGGAACGGUGCCCGCUGCCACCACAUCACAGGAGCCUGCCUAUGCACCGCCGGCUGGGCAGGACCACACUGCAUUCUGGGAUGCCCAGAGGGUCAUUUUGGGGAGCAGUGCAGUGAGACCUGUGAGUGUCAGAACGGAGCCAGGUGUGACCACGUCACCGGGCGAUGCAGCUGUGCGGCCGGGUGGACUGGAGUCCGCUGCCAACUGCCCUGUCCUGCAGGACAAUAUGGGGAACACUGUUCUAUCCAGUGUCUGUGUCAGAACGGAGGCUCUUGUGAUAGUGGGACUGGUCAGUGCUCUUGCCCGCCCGGGUGGACUGGAGCUGCCUGUGAGUUAGAGUGUGAGAGAGGACGUUUUGGAGAGAACUGCACCCAGUCCUGCAGCUGCACGAAUGGCGGGAGAUGUGACCGAGUGUCAGGGACAUGUGUGUGUCUGCCUGGUUGGAUAGGAGAGCUCUGUCAGUCAGCCUGUUCUAAGGGAUUCUUUGGAGAGGGCUGUGAGCGGAGUUGUGACUGUGUCCAUAAUGCGAGUUGCCACCAUGUGACGGGCCGCUGUGAGUGUAUGCCAGGCUGGAGGGGAGCCAGGUGCGACAAACCCUGCCUUCCGGGGUCCUACGGUCCUUCCUGUGCCCAGCGGUGUCAGUGCCAGGCUGGGGUGUCCUGUCACCAUGAGACGGGGAGUUGCGGCUGCCCAGCUGGACUCGCAGGACCUGGCUGCGAGAAACCUUGUCCUGCUGGCAUGUUCGGACAAAACUGCAGCCAGCUGUGCCAAUGUUCAGGAGACCAAGAGCAGUGCCACCCGGUGACGGGGAAAUGCAGCUGCUUACCUGGUUACUACGGGUUACGCUGUGAGCUACGAUGUCGAUCAGGAACCUUUGGGCCAAACUGUAAGUCUAGAUGCAGCUGCAUCAACGGUGGUCGCUGUGACUUCAGGACUGGGGCUUGUUACUGUCCUACUGGUUAUAUUGGAGCUGAUUGCAGCUCAAGUUGUCCAAAUGGCUACUACGGGAAGGACUGUGCUAAGCUGUGCUCCUGUGGGGAAGGAGGUCAGUGCCACCCAGCAACCGGGAGGUGUAUCUGUGCCCCUGGUAGGAUGGGACAGUCCUGCCAACAAGCGUGUCCUAGGGGGCGCUACGGCCUGCAGUGCAGAAACACUUGCGACUGUCAGAAUGGGGGUCUGUGCGAUCCUGUCCACGGGACUUGCAAAUGUGGACUAGGCUGGACUGGACCCCACUGUGACACAGCCUGUUCACAGGGAAAUUAUGGGCUUGAUUGUGCACAAGACUGUUCAUGCCUCAACAACGGGACCUGCGACCGUUUUAUCGGCACCUGCAGCUGUACUGCUGGAUACUAUGGCCCCUCCUGUCAACACGGAUGCCCAUCUGGAUUCUUUGGAGUCAACUGCGCCCAUACAUGUGACUGUAAAGUAGGGCAGACAUGUGACCAUGUGACAGGUCAAUGUGUGUGUCCACCAGGCUACUAUGGUCCACAAUGCCAAAGACGGUGUGAAGCUGGCAGGUUUGGAUUGAACUGUGGACAAUCAUGUGACUGUGCUGGUGAGGCCCCAUGUGACCCAUCAACUGGACAGUGCCAAUGUCCCCCAGGAAAGACAGGACAUAGGUGUGACAAAGACUGUGGGGGAGAACGUUUUGGCCCUGGAUGCUCCCUGCUGUGCCAGUGUUCCCACAGGUCCCGCUGUGAUGGGCUGAAUGGGAGAUGCCUGUGCCCGCUCACCUGGCUGGGCCCCACCUGUAGUGAAGAAGUGCUACACCAAACCCCAGGACCAUUGAACUUUUCUGUGUCCCAGAGAAAGAGGAGAGCAGGCAGCAAAGCCACAUAACCCAAGCAGAGGUGCAGACUCCUGACUGGAUGUUCAGACACAGGGCUUGGCUCCGUGAGGCAUUACUCAGAUCAUCUCAGUAAAGGUGAUGUUUGUAAUGCUGUGUUUUUGUGAAACUGGUACUCAGCUGUCAAAAACUGGCACUCCAUCUCUGAGCCCGGAGCUGACAAUUAUCACCCAGUGGACCUGGCAUGUGAGGGGCCUUCAAAGGACCAUAAAUUCUAAACCUUUACCCCAGAAUUUCUAGGGUUACACAGACUUCUUAGCAAUACACACAAAUAUCUGCGUCACAUUGUGAUGUUUGUAAUUGUUGAUGUUUGUGAUUGUUGAAAGCAUUCAUUAAGCAUUAAUUUAUUGAACUGGUAAGGGUUCAGUUUCUUUCUUAAGAGCAUUUGGACAAGAUGUGACUAAAUCUGAGACUUUCUUGUCACUGGAGAACCUUUACAGCUGCUACCAACAUUUCAUUUCUUUCUAUGUUUAUCCACAAAAAAACUUGAUGGUUAGCAUAACAGAAUGCCAAGCAUAUUUCUGGUGGACAUUAAAUUCCUCUAAAACAGAUUUAGAAAUAUAUGAGUGACUUAUGUGCUUAUUCUGAAAAGGUCCAUACAGGGACUGCAGGCAUGAGGGCCACAGAAAUAUGGUUCAGUAGAAGAGCCAUAAAUGGUAAAUCAGGAGAUGUUUCAUAAUAAAAUUUGUAUAUAAUAUAUAAUACUCUGCUUAAAAUGAUCAUUUAUGUCUGAUAUGUUUUUUUUCCCACAAAAAGUUGUGUCAUACCCCUUCUCCAGAAAUCCAGAAUCUAUCAACAAAGAUGCUUAAUUUCAAAACUAGUCACAAGAUGUCUCAUACUUCACUGGAAAGUGUAUCUGUGCUGGAGGUUUCAUGUUUCAACAACACACACAGUUGCAUACUGGAGCAUGGUUGCCUUUAGUUGUAAUGUUAUAAAAUUCUGCUUGUAUAUGUGUUAAACUCGAAAACGUUCCCCCUUCACCAGAUGAAAGUGACAACAUCCUUCUUGUGUCAAACUCUGCACAUACAUCAUUCUACACAGUGACACACAUCCAACUGAGACAACAAGAAGCAAAACACAUUUUGGAGUUGAGGGUGACUGACGUAUAAAGAAGCAUACUAAAUCUGUGAUUUUUAAAAAAUAUAUUUUGCUGAAAAUAUCCUGUAACCACAUACACAUAUUUUAGGUUUAAAAUGCAGUUGUGUUAUAGUAAAUGAAGCACACACCACUGAAACAGUGUUCAGUUCCAUCACAGUAACCCACAAAACACUGAAAUGGCUCCCUGUCAUAUUACUCAUGUGUGUUUAUUCCCUUGCUUAUAAUUUUACAUUUUUACAUUUACCCUGUAUUCUUUGUGAAACUGCAUCAUUUCCCAAAACGAAUGCAACUCAGAUCAUUGGUGCAAUGAGCAUUCAGCAAUGGGACUCAUAUUCACCUUAAUUUAUUUUAUUUCCCAUACACCUACUUUUUACAAAGGUCUGUGAAGACAUUGUCUAUCCAUAAGUUAUUCCAACAUGGCUCAUGGAAUCUGAAUCUGACACGAACAAGCUUCAUUUACCACAAUAUGAACACUCUCCAAUUAUUGGCAUCGUGAUCAUGGGUUUUCUUAUGGCAGCGCGGUGUGCGGUCGCGAAAUACUGCAGGUAAAACUUGCUCGCAUUGCACUUCUUUCAGAUCUGUGUUUAUUGAGUCAGCAGCUGAAACAGACUUUAGGAGUCUUAUAGAAAUUGAAAAAAAGAAUGACUUUUUUUCUGCAGCACCUGUACACAUUUUUAUGAUCGUAUAAUAUAAGAAGAUAAGAUUACAAAUCCCAUAUAUCACCACUGCUAUUAUUUACCGUACAUGUGCAUUUCAUUUAAAUGUUGUUGUUAUUUGCAAAAACUGUUUUUGUAUUAUAUCUCAGGUCAGUGCCACUCAUAUCAGUCAUAACCCACUGUGCUCAUCAUCUAUGACAGUGGUGCUACAUACGUUUUGUUUGUAUAAAAUCGAAAAACUCUACUGUUCUCUUUUCCAUUAUUUUGCCCAUGUGUCUUUAUCAUCUGUGGUUGUGUUAUAACAAAAACAAAACAAAAAAACAAUCCAAAAAAAUAAAUAACAACAAAAACA